UCUUUCAGAAAAAAAGUGAAAUAAAAUGGCAUUAGACUUCUAAGGUAGGGCUGACUUUCUGUCGAAUUGUCAAUAUAUAAAUCUAUUGAACUUAAUUCCUUUUGUUUUUCUAGAAAAAAAUUAAACCUAUAGAAAUGCACAGCGAACAUAAAAUAUCGCAUAAAGCAAGGAAACGCAUUAAGGAGGUUAAAAGAAAAGCUCGCCCCGAAUUAGCAGAUAAGUAUCAGUGGACAGCUUUAAAGUACGCAGGAAACUUUGAGGAAUUUCUAAAAUGUAAUGAUAAUGUUGACAGAAUAAGUGAGAAUGAAGUGUCUCCUGAAGAAUUUAUACAGAGAUAUGAGAAAAUAUAUAAACCUGUAGUUAUAACGAAUGUACAAACAAACUGGAAAGCAAAUCACAAAUGGACAUUAGAUAGACUUGCCAAAAAGUAUCGUAACCAAAAAUUCAAGUGCGGAGAAGACAAUGAGGGUUAUAGUGUUAAGAUGAAAAUGAAGUAUUAUGUAGAAUACAUGCGGACAACGACUGAUGAUAGUCCACUUUAUAUUUUUGAUAGUAGUUUUGGGGAACAUUUGAGAAGGAAGAAGCUUCUAGAAGAUUAUGAGGUUCCCAGAUAUUUUAGAGAUGAUUUGUUCAAAUAUUGCGGUGAAGAAAGAAGACCUCCAUAUCGUUGGUUUGUUAUGGGACCCCAGCGUUCAGGGACUGGAAUCCACAUUGAUCCAUUAGGAACAAGUGCUUGGAAUGCCUUGGUGUUCGGCCACAAGAGAUGGUGUCUGUUUCCAACACAAACUCCAAGAGAACUCAUUAAAGUGACAGGAGCAAUGGGUGGAAAACAGAGGGAUGAGGCAAUUACAUGGUUCAAACUCAUUUAUCCUAAAACUCAGAUGGAUUCUUGGCCAAAGGAAUAUAAACCGGUUGAAAUACUUCAGAAGCCAGGCGAAACAGUAUUCGUGCCAGGAGGCUGGUGGCAUGUUGUUCUCAAUCUGGAUGACACUGUGGCUGUGACACAAAACUUUUGUAGUCGCACAAACUUCCCCGUAGUAUGGCACAAGACCGUACGAGGGCGCCCUAAGUUGUCAAAGAAAUGGAUUAAAACCCUUGAAGCCAAAGAGUCUGAUUUGUAUAAAAUUGCAAGUAGCAUGGACCUAUCUCAAACUACGGGUGUAGCUUCUGACAGUUCUUCCAACAGUAGCUCAUCCAGCAGUGACAGUGAGAGCAGCUCCUCUGAUAGCUCCAGUGAAGAGGACAGUGGUCAGGAAAGCAUCUCGGCGCACAAAAAGAAGAAAAGAAGGAAAAUGUGAGAACAAAUCUCCAUUUCAUAGAUAAUUAUAAACAUGUGUACCAAGAUUUAUAAUAAAAAUGGAUGAUUCAAUUUAAUAUAGUAAAACUGCCUCUUUUGUAUUAUUAGAUAUAAAAACUAAUUUAAAAUCAUUUUUACAGUUGUUAAAUUAGUGAAAACAAUAUUUCUUUUGUUAUCUUACAACACAGUUCUUUGUGAAGAAAUAUA